AUGGUGGUGCUACUGGGCCUCUACAACGGUCAGGGGCUCGACCUCUCUUCGCCCGACUGUUAUCUACUUCUGCGCACCACUCCUGGAAUAGAAUACAUCAAAUGUGUGAUGAAAGCAGGUCGGAUGCAAGGGGCUCUUUUGGUGGGAGAUACUGACCUAGAUGAGACUUUAGAGAACUUGAUC